AUGAUGGGCACUGAGCUUCCCGAGGGUGCCCAGCGCACACAAAAAUUACUCCGAGAGCAUCGCGAGCGUGAAGCGGCACGAAGGGCUAGGGAGGGACAUCAAAUCGAACAAGAGAAGACGGGUGUGGUGGCCAAGACGCUCAACGACGUGUGGAUGGGAGGCGAAGAGAAGGACUGGAAGGAGAAGCGUGUCAAGGAGCACCAACAAAAGAUCGAAGAGGGCAAGGGAAUUGGUGAUAUUAUUAUUGACCAGGUUGCCGACGUCUGGUAUGGUAACUGGGGAAAGGGUACCAAGAAGCAGGACAACGAAAACUCGACGGAGAAGAAGUAA